UGAUUACUGCCCUUUAGAAACCGGACAAGGGCGACAAUUUUCCCUGUUUGCGACCCCGCAAUGCCAACUCGAUAAACUUGAGACAUUACAUUGUAUAACGGCUGAAUGCCAACCGAUAAAAUUACAGGCAUAUGACAUUCUGGCCUUGUAACCGACGAAACCCUUCCUGAUCUUAAGAAAUUCAAAAUGGCGGAGUGGAAAUUUAUGCAGUGUUUUCGUCACCAGACAAGAUCCAUAAUUUUAAUUGUGUAUACUGGUUACCAUGGAUACAGAUGAUGCUUUACAGCAGGUGGCAGAAGGAGGUGGGGGAGGAGAUGGAAUUGUCAUUGGUGAUGUUGGAGACUUAGUUAAACUAUCAGAAACUCAGGUAGUAGAGACACUAGAAGGAGUGUAUCCCCAAGCUGAUCCAGCCCCUCAGGCUAACGGUGGAUACAGCAUGGAGUCCUUGCCUAGUGUUAUGCCUGUUAACAUUAUGGCUGAACAGAAGACUAGCGAUAUGCCUGUUGAAAUCAUGGCUGAGCAAAAAACUAAUGAAAAUGAAGCAUCAGUAGAAGAGGUAUUAGAAAAGAUCAGUGAAGUGUCCCAAGUAGCUGAGGCAGAGGCAACGGCCAUGUUGAAUGCAGAAGAAGAAUUACCAGAUCAAGUAGAAAAUGUACAACAGCCUGCAGUAGAUGAUAAAACUGCAGAUAACAGUUUGCCAGCUAACUUUUUUGAUGGAAAUACAGAAGUAGUAUCUGAAGCCCAGCCCCAAGAAGUUCAAGUAGUAAUAGAAACAGGUAGUCCUAUAGUCACUGAUGUCCAACCACCGACCGUUGAUGAACCAGUUAUAGUCCCAGAAAAUUUCACUCCUUUAGAGGAGGAAAUAGGGUCAGUAGAAGUAACUUCUGCCAAAUCUGAUGUGGUUUCUGCAGAGGAACAAAAUGAAGUUCAGACACCAGUUGAGGAACCAGUCAUUGUCCCUGAAAGUUUUACUCCCCUUGAAGAAAACCAGGUAGACCAGACAGAAGAAAAUUUAGUUGAACAGGAAUCUUUACCAGUAGAAACAACAAAAAAUCAGGAGGACGAAGCCGCAAUGGAAGACACAACUGAGACCUCACAACCUCAGAUUGAGUCAACUCUCAAUGAAGAAGGGGAAGUAACAGUAACUGUAACUAUAUAUAAUUCUGAGGAAAAAGAAGAAGCUACGCCAAAGAAAAGAGGAAGACCAGCUAGACAGACAACAGAUGAUGCAUCUGCUUCUACACCAGAGAAAAGACAAAGAAAGGAUUCCAAAUCAAGUGAAAGUGGAACUGUUUCAGAGGUGAGACCAACACGUAGAAGUCUAAGAGCUCCUAAAGAGGUAUCUGAUGAUAAAACUGCAGAAACCCCAGACACUAAAUCUAAAAAAGGGAAGGCUGCAAAGGAAAAAGAUACUGAGACCCCUGAGACAAAAUCAAAAGGUAGAGGUCGACCAAGGAAAGAGUCAAAAGAAAAGGAAGUUGAACAGGAAGAGGAGGAAGAAGCUGAAUCUGAGGCAGAAUCUGGAGAGGAGGAACAAGAAGCCACCCCUGAACCAAAGAAGGGAAGAGGCAGAGGAAGACCAUCUAAGUCGGAAAGUUCUACUCCUGUUGUCAGAUUGAAAGUUAAGACUCCAAGUAAAAAAGGAAAAACUAAACAAGGGGAUAAUGAUGAUGAAGAAGAAGCAGUAAAAUCUGGAAAGAAAAAAGGUGCAGAUACUCCACCAGAUGAGGGAAAGAAACGUGGCAAAAAGAAAGAUGAGACACCUACAGACACUCCCAAAAAAGGACGAGGUAGACCAAAAAAAGAGGUAGUUGAAGAAACUGUGGGUGAUGAAGAAGUAAAAGCUGAAGAAGACAUGGAGGCAGAGGAAACUCCUGAACCAGAACAAAAGAAAAAACGUGGACGCCCUCCAAAAUCUGCUGACUCUCCAAAGGAUAUAACUGGUACUAACGAAACAAAUGAAGCUGAAGAAACUGUCCCAGCAACUCCAUCGAAAAAACGAGCAAGACCAGUUGAAGAAUCGGUAGAAACCACACCAACAGAUUUACCCGUUAAGAAAAAACCAAAGGCUUCUCCACCAGUAAUGACUGACUCCUCAGCUGGACCUAAUGAUAGAAUGAUCGUAAAAGAGGAACCUCAUGAAGAUCUGUUAUCACAGGUAUUACCCAAUAUUACUAUUUCUGCUGUGUCAGGAUCUAAUAGACCACACACGCUUAUUGUUCAUGAAAAUGUAGAGGGAGAUGUUUAUAACAUAGAACAAGUUGAUCAGGAACCCAGCACAUCAGAAGUUGAGAUCCCAUUUGUUGAAGUUGAGACUGUCAUUGAAACCCCGGAAAGAAGAUCUGUGCUAACCCAGACAGAUCCAAAACUUAAGAAAAAGAAAUUUGGACCAUUAGGUCAAGAUGAUUUUGGUUUUGCUGAGGAGGAGGAUGAUGGGAGUGGGAGAAAAAAGCGAAGAAGUGAUGAGGUGGCCUUAUUUGAGGAUAUGGAACCCAAGCGUAGAACAAUCCGUAACACUGAGGAGGCUCUCAAUUGUCCCUUCUGUGACAAAGCAUUUAUUGGUCUGGUCAAGCAUAUAAAAGGUAAACACAGAGAUGAAAUGGAUUAUGAAGAGGAAAUGAGAAAUGCAAAAUGGAGAGAAAAGAUAAUGAAAGUGUCAACCCAGGGACCAGAAGAGGAAGGGGAGCAAUGUCAGGAGUGUGGGAAGACUACAAAGAAUAUGAAACGUCACCAGGAACUUCAUCAGCAAAACAGGAUGCAAAUUCCUUGUCCAAUUUGUGGGAAAGUUGUUCUGAAAACUGGUAUGAGCUCUCACAUGAGAACUGUCCACUCUGGUAGGAAACCAUACAAAUGUCCACACUGUGACUAUGCAUCAGCUUUCCGUGGCAAUCUUAAUACCCAUAUUAAAGGAAUGCAUCUCCACACUAGGCAAUAUCUUUGCAAUACCUGCAAGGCUGCAUUUAAAACAUUGGGAGCUCUGAUUGGGCACACAAAACGUGUGCAUGAAGGAUGGAAGUCACCUAAUCAGAAAAUCUUCAUUUGUUCAGUGUGUGAGAAACGUUUCACCAAGAAAUACCACGUCGACAGACAUAUGUUGAUUCAUACUGGUGAAAAGCCGCAUAAAUGUAACGACUGUGGCCGCUGCUUCAAUAAUAAAUCAAAUCUGAUGUCCCACAUCCAAUUGGUCCACAAGAAAUUGUCACCUUACCAGUGUGACAUGUGCCACGAACAGUUUAAGAGGAAGAAACUACUGCUGGAGCAUAUUGGUAGGAUCCAUGUGACUGCUGGAGAGGCAGCCCAAGCCAUCAUUAGGAAGUAUGAUCUACAUGCUGACAACGAUGAGGACAUUGAGGCAGAGGGAGAGGAAUAUGAAGAAGGAGAAGUAGCAGAGAUUGAGAAUGUACAUCUUGAAGGUGAACCUUCUGGGGACACUACAUAUGUAGUAACAAGUGCUGAUGGAACAUACAGUAACGUGACCGAUGCCGCACAACUCCUAGCUGGACAGGCAUUGACUACGCUACAGACAGAGGGUGGUCAGGAGACCAUCAUUAUUGUACAGACGGCAGAACCGGGUGAAAAUGCUACCCAUGCCAUUGUAGACCAGGACGGAACUGUACAGUAUGUGAUGCAACAACCUGGAGAAGAUGGAGGUCAACACAUUUAUGCACAGAUUCAAGAAUGAUGUGUAGAUCUCUUAUGUUGCAGUUACGAAAAAACUAAACAAUUGCAUUGUUAUAAUCUGUAUAUGGAAAUUUUUUAAUUGCAAGUCAGCAUUUUUCUGUAUUGCUUGAUUUUUUUUCUAAAGCAGAAAGAAUAUAAAAGAAAACACCAUUCUCAACCCAAUGUAAUCAUCAUUCAUCAUUUGUUUUGUUUUGAUGGUUGUUAUUAAUGUAAAGUUUGAAGCAUUCACUUUUAAUUGAAGGU